GCCUAUAUGUCGAAUGUGCCUAUCGACGGAUGGCGCUUUGGAGCCGAUUACUUCCGAUGAACGAGGCGCAUAUCUUUUGCAACAAAUAUUCGCCAGUACGCAGGUUGAAAUGAACAUAUUGGCCAAAUUUCCAUCGUACUUGUGUUCGGCUUGCAAAUCGCGCUUGGAUUCAUGGGAUAAGUUUCGCUGCCUAUGCGUCCUAAAAAAUGAAAAAGUCGAACGAUUUCUUAAAGAAGUGGACACACCAAAUUUGACUGCUGCCGAAAUAACUGCAAAACUUCCGAACAUAACGGAUGGCGUUAAAUCUGUGUGGAUCAAAACUGAGGUUGUCGAAGAAGAUUGUCAAUCGAAUCGAAUGGCUUCUAUUUCACAACAGAUAAGCACAUGCGACUAUUAUCGUCGCGACGAUUUGUUUGAGGCAGAGGAGGAAUCGCUGGAAACAAUUUUGAAACGGGAACCAAUGGACGAGCAACAACUACAAUUAUCGGUUGCAGAUCGGAAAGAUGAGCAUAAUAUUCUCAAGACGGAUGCUUCCGUUUUCAACCGUAAGCUUCAAGGAGAAGCUUCUAUGGCAGGAAAGACCAUUAAGUGUCAUGGCGACUCUGUAUCAAUUAAAGAUCAAAACAAUUGUUGUAUCACGCAUGGCGCCGAAGGCCCUACAUUGAGUAAAACGGAUCCUAGUGCUGAGGAAGAUUCAGGAUAUUUUUGUCAUCCAUCUGUCUCGAAAGUUAACGAGCAGCAAUUGUUGCCGACGAAUGAACACCGAAGUCCUCAACAAGAUUAUACCGUAGCGAAGUCUAAAGAUUCAUCCAAGCAUGGCUCAAAAAUUAAUACAAAUGUCCACAGAAUCAAACACAAACACCAGUGCCCUCAUUGUUCCGCUACGUACCCAUACGCAUGCAGGCUGACGGUGCAUCUUCGCACGCACACCGGAGAAAAGCCAUUCCAGUGUGAGGACUGUGGCAAAGCGUUCCGUCUGGCAGAAACUUUAACCAGCUGA